ACAAACUAUUUGAAUAUAAUUUCAAAUUUAAUUGUUAAGGGAAAACUGAGCUCUAAUCAUGACAAAGAUCUCCUUAUUGCUUUUCGUCAUGGCCCUUCUUGCCUCUCUCCACGCUUAUGAGGCUCACCGCAUGGUAAAAUCCGAUGAAGCAAUUGAAAAGGACUUGCACAAAGCCGAGGCCCUGAUCGAGGAAGACUUAAAGGCCACGCAAACGAGCAUUCAAGGUUUGACAUCUGAGACGAAAACCUUGAGCAAAUCUGAAGAGGUGUUAAAUCAACUUGGAAAAGACUACAAAAAGGAUAUGGAUGUAGCUCCUUAUGGAAAGAAACUCAGAACAUUCAGCAGGGCAGCAAAAAAUGUCACGAAAGCACCACCUGCGAAAAACAAGAAACCUGCAUCCGUGAUCCAAACGAUCUUGCAAGAUUUUGGGCUAAACGGAGGGAGGGAAUGACAAAAAAAAAAAUUAGGGUUUGAUUAAUGUUUUUGAGUGAGUUUUAAAGAGGUCUGAACUUGUUCAUGGAGUUUAGCUUAACAAGUGAGAGGAGCAAAUAAAUUCCCCACAUAGUAUAUAAGUUACGUUGCUAUCAUUCUGUAAUUAAUACGAUUAAAUGAACUACUUAUGAUAACAAAAUAUGUUUCUAUGCGA